UAUAUUUGUAAGAAGCCUUUUUUUCCUUAAAAAGGAAAUUAGUGUCUCUACGCUAGAAAAUUUGCUUUUUGAUCUUCCUGCUUCGUGUUUUCAAAUACAUCAUCAAUCAAACAAUUGAAUUCAAAGCCAACGCCAAAGAUCCACAACACAGUCAUGUUCAGAAGAUAAUACAUGUUUAGACGCAGCUAGUAACAGAUAAUCGACGAAAUAUGGGCUGGGGAUGGGCAAUGUAUGAAGGAUUGGUAGUGGCAGGAUCGUUGGGAGGCCUGGGAUGGACAGGACUGUGGUUCCUCAAUCGCAAGCUCUACAAGGAGUACGAAGAAAAGAGGGCGCUUGUGCAGAUCCUUUUCAGCAUCGUUUUCGCUUUCUCCUGUAAUCUUCUCCAACUCGUCUUGUUCGAGAUCAUUCCCUUUUUGUCCAAAGAGGCAAGGUGGAUAAACUGGAAAAUGGAUUUGUUUUGUCUGAUUACAUUGCUGGUCUUUGUGCUACCAUAUUACCAUUGCUAUUUGAUGCUUCGCAAUAAUGGAGUAGGCAAAGAGCGAGCAGGGCUAGGGGCUAUUUUAUUUCUCUUGGCUUUUCUCUAUGCAUUUUGGCGCAUGGGCAUUCACUUUCCCAUGCCUUCUCCAGACAAAGGUUUUUUCACAAUGGCUCAACUAGUCAGUAGGGUUGGAGUUAUAGGUGUCACAGUCAUGGCCGUCCUUUCUGGUUUUGGAGCAGUGAAUUUACCUUACAGCUAUUUGUCCCUUUUUAUCAGAGAGAUUGAAGAAGGUGAUAUUAAAUCCUUGGAGAGGCAACUACUACAAUCUAUGGAAUCAUGUGUGGCAAAGAAAAAGAAAAUUAUCCUAUCUCGCACGGAAAUGGAGCGAAUCCAAGGUUCACGGCAGAAGCUUGAGGCAAGAUCCUUUUUUAAACGACUUGUUGGAACUGUUGUACGCUCGGUUCAAGAGGAUGAACAAGAACAAGAUAUAAAAGGCAUGGAAGCAGAAGUAGAAGCAUUGGAGGAACUUUCAAAGCAAUUAUUUUUGGAAGUUUAUGAACUACGCCAAGCUAAGGAAGCAGCAGCAUAUUCUCGAACUUGGAGAGGACACGUGAAGAACCUCUUAGGCUAUGUGUGUUCUGUUUAUUGCGUGUACAAGAUGGUGAAGGCCUUACAAAGUGUUGUCUUUAAGGAGACAAAUUCUGUGGAUCCAGUUACAAUGUCGAUAAGCAUUUUCUUGCAGUUUUUUGACAUUGGCAUAAAUGCUGCUUUAUGGUCCCAGUAUAUCUCUCUGUUAUUUAUAGGAAUGCUAAUUGUAAUUUCAGUCAGAGGCUUCUUAUCCAACCUAAUGAAGUUCUUCUUUGCAGUCUCCAGUGGAAGAAGUGGAUCGUCCACAAAUGUAGUAUUAUUCUUGUCUGAAAUUAUGGGAAUGUAUUUUGUUUCCUCGAUAUUGCUAAUAAGAAAGAGCCUUGCAACCGAGUACAGAUUGAUAAUUACAGAUGUGCUAGGAGGAGAUAUACAAUUUAAUUUUUACCAUCGUUGGUUUGAUGCAAUAUUUGUAGCAAGUGCUUUUCUUUCUUUGCUGCUUCUCACAGUUCACUAUACUUCUCGUCAAGCUGAUAAGCAUCCCAUUGAUUAAGCAUCAAUCUGUAAAUAAUGUAAUUAAAUCUUCAAUCUUUUAUCCCUUGUGCUAAAAUAACUCUCAUGUUUCCAGAAUACUUAAUGUCUUCUGUCUAUUUUCUUGUUCAUAUCAAUUAUUUUAAGAUUCAACUACUGAAAUUCAAUUUUACACUAUUAGCCAGGGAUUUUCAACCACAUUUUUAUUUGGAAUGUCUCUUUAGUUGACUUCCUAAAUUGAUUUUUUAUCGAGACGUGAGUACAUUAUGCACUGAUAAUGAUUACCUUAUUCUUUUGAUUUUAAAUUACCCAAGAGGGGAGCAUGAAUUUGUGUCAAAGUUGAGUCCCUCAUAAUCAAGUUGAAUUAGAUUUUUUCUAUGGACUUUUAACCCAUGAGAAUGUAAUAAGAGAGUGAAUGUUCUCAUGAACCAGAAUUAUAGAAUCCAAAACUUGCCUUCCUGGCACAAAUCCAUUCUGAUGCGAUGAAAGGUAGUGUUAAGACUCUUUGUUGAACAAAUGCCUUCUAAUUAACGAAGAACCUUGGUGUUCAUUUGAAUUUGUA